AUGAGUGGAAGAGGUAAAACUGGUGGUAAGGCGAGAGCGAAGGCCAAGACUCGCUCAUCCAGAGCAGGGCUGCAGUUCCCCGUCGGUCGUGUUCACAGGCUUCUGCGCAAAGGUAACUACGCAGAGCGCUGUAAUAAUGGGAGUAAUAAUUGCCGCUAUCAGAAGUCCACCGAGCUGCUGAUCCGCAAACUGCCUUUCCAGCGUCUGGUGCGAGAAAUCGCUCAGGAUUUCAAGACGGACCUGCGCUUCCAGAGCUCCGCUGUCAUGGCCCUGCAGGAGGCCAGCGAGGCUUAUUUGGUCGGUCUGUUUGAGGACACCAACCUGUGCGCCAUCCACGCCAAGAGAGUCACCAUCAUGCCCAAAGACAUCCAGCUGGCCCGCCGCAUCCGCGGAGAGCGCGCUUAAACCCGCCGCAUUGCACCCCAAAGGCUCUUUUAAGAGCCACCUAAGUCGCACUGAACGAGAGCAUUUCACUGUAACGCUUAAUAUUACGAACAGCAAGUACAGUCGUGCUCACAAGUUUAAUGAAUUUAGUCUUGCGUCUUUUCGUUUUUUAUGAAGCUUUAAUUCUGUUAUUGUAAAGGACACACACUGGGGAAGACAUGACAAAUAUGCCACUUAAUCAUUUAUUUGUU